GUUUUUUCAUUGUUUCUGCUACUAAAAUGGUGGCGUACUUUUGUGAUUGUGUUCACUGUCACCCUAAUUUAUGUCAGGCGAUAGGCGUGUGAUGAUAACUUGAUGCCCAUCCAUCAUUACCUCUUAUAUCUCCAUAAUGGAGGUUGCUCCAGAUGGAAACAGUGAUAAGAGGCGAAUUUUAAGUGAAUUAUCAAAGUGCCUGAAAACGGUGUACAUUGAAGCUUCAACACAUGACAGCUCCCAACUUAAUCUCAACUCAGCUCUCAUCCACUGCAUUGAUCGAUCAUUCCAACAUGGACUUCUCAAUCUUGUGCAAAGUUACUGGCCUCUGGUGCGAAGCAUAAGUCAUGCUCAAACUCUGCAGACUAUAGAUGGUUGGGUUGGCUCUCAGAGCUCCAAUCGCACUAAGAGUCAAGCAUGGUUGCUGGCAACCUUAGUUGAAGGAUCGUUAUUAAGUUAUCUACAGUGUAUACUUGUAGAGCCCAGAUUAAUUAGUCGCCUCUACGCAGAACAUGCCAUUUUAUGUGACCCAUCCUGUGUCACGCAACUCUCUUCACUACUAUUGGGUUUAGAAAGUAUAAACUUCACAAUCGAACCUGGAGUGGAGUCUAAAAAUAAUUCUAUUGCUGACUUGAACUUAUGUCUUGGUUUGGAAGAAACCUCUACUCUUAUGAAGCCAGUGUUAGAUUUACCUUUGACUGGAAAUAAUGGAGCGACAGGAGUAUGUAUGACUUCGUCUAUGACUUCUUCAUUAGCUUCUCCUGGUGACUCAGGUUUCACACAACUUGACAGUGAGACAGAUACUGCUUCAUUUAGUGAAGUUAUGUUGGAUGCUGAUUCUGGUAGUGUGAAAGAGGAAGUAGCUGUGUUACCUGUGGAUCCCUGUGUUGAAAAGACUGUAGGCAUUUCAAGCCCUUUUGUGCCUAUGACAGUCAGUGAUAUAGCAAAUGCAAAUACUUCCUCAGAAUUCCCCAAUGAAAAAAGUAACUCUGGAAAUGCUACUGAUACUUUUACAGAUUGUGUGUCACUUGAUAAUCCUGAUGAUAAUAUUGUAUGUAAAUACCCAAAGAACAUAGCCAGAAAAUCAUCUAACCAAAAGAGAGUUUCUUUCCAUGAAUGCUUUCCAGACUCCUCUCUAAGUUGUAAUGAUGUCAGAGAAAAUUGCUUUGCUGAAAAAAGUGGGGUGUUUCAUUCUUCAUUCAUGGACAAGGAUUCAGUUUCAAGCUUCUCUCGUACCGUUGGUGAUCUGUCAUCAUUUGAAAACGAGCAAGAAGGGGUAGAAAUUGCCAAGGAUUCUUCCAUCCUUGAGAAUGAUGGCAUUGAUGAACUUUCUAGAGGAAAGCUGAGUCAUUCCUUGGUAUCUGCAGAGGGUGCUUCAAUUGUUGGGAGUUCUGUGAACGCUGUGAAAUCUGUGAUAUUUGGUCAAAUUAGUCGACAUAUUGGCCAGAAGACACCAGUGACUGAAAGAGGAAACCCAGAAGGCCAAGAAGAUCCUCCUCUUAAAUGUUCUUAUACAACACCCACAAAGCAGCUGUCUCUUACGGCUUAUGAAAGUUUAAGAACAUCAGUUAACUCCUCUCCAGCUCCAAGCAUCUCAAGUUUAAGACCUCAGGUCAGCACACCUCGGCGAACAAGUAUGAAUAGUGGCUCAAACACCAAUGGACUUUUAAAUCUCUCUGCCUCAAGCGUGCUGAGUCAGCCACCAUCGAAAGCUUGUCUUGUAAAUCGGUUUCUUCGCUCUAUAACAGAAAAAAAGAUAUCCAGCUGUCGGUCUUCCGCGGCAUUGGCUGCACUUAAUAAAAAUAAGUCAUCAAGGAAACUGAAUCUUUACAUUCCUGGAGUGAAGGCUGCAAAUGAACUGUCUCAAGAUCUACUUUAUGAAUUGAAAGAAGAGGUCAAUAAUUUCACCUUUGUGCCCUCUACCAGUAUGUCUACUUUACAUCUUGUAGAUAUAUCUCCAGCUCUAGACAAAACCCUGUAUUCCCAUUUAGGAUUGCCUGCCAGUGAAAAAAUAUCCAAGGUGCUAAAAGUUUGGGGCACUUCAAGUACUGAAAGUGGGAAAAGGGCACCAUUUCUGGCUAUUUUAACAGAUCAGGCACUCUAUGUGGCUGAUAAAAAAAUAAUAAAACAUCAUGUUAUGAUCCACUCUAAUCUAACUACAGUUGUGGUGGGACCCAACUCUCAGUGGAUAUCACUGAUUUCAUCAGAAAAAUCAUUCCAAAUAAAUCUGGUUGUGGGUCAAAGUGAAAGUGUAUCAGAUCUAGUGUCUUGUAUAGAGUUGUCACUACGACGUAAAGGUUCCAAAAUGCUACCUGAUGUGAUUCAUUUGAUUUAUGAGGAGUACUUCCGAGUUCCACAAUGGAUACCUAUUUUAAAGGGUGAAACGGUGGCUCAUUUUUCUCUGGUUCAUGCAAUGGAGGGGACUCCGAAUAAUCCAAACCCUCAUUUACUUGUGGACUUAAGGGCCUACUUUAUGUAUAAAGUAAACAGGGAACACCCAGAGUCUUCCUGGGAACCAGGAUACUUUGUCUUAAAGGACAGAAUUUUAUAUGUAUCACUUGAUGAGGAUUCACUACCACAUUGCACUUUGAAUUUGCACCAAGUUAAGUGCUGUUUUAUCUCUUUACCCUCACGUCCACACACUAUUGAAGUUGGUCAUAUGCACAUAGCUGCUCCUGAUGACUGUGUUGCUCAACUCUGGCUUACUGCUCUUGAAAAAUCUUCGGAGGUAUUUGAGUCGAAUAUCUCAAGCCACCAAUCAAACAUUAUCCAAAGCUCCCUGAUUCUAACAGAAACUCGAUUGAUGUUGUUAAGCUCUCUAGGUAUUCCUAGAUAUGAUCUAGACAAUCUAGCUAAACCUUUCCUAACAGCAUUUGUGUCAGAUAUAACUUCAUUGAGAAUUGGAGAUAAAGAAAGUUCUUGGUGUUUUGUGGAGUUUUCGUGCAGAGAGGUUUAUGAAUCUGACGGGGAUUAUUUGAUUUUCUUUAGUACAUAUUAUGAGAGGGAGGCCUUCAAAGAAUGCCUCUGGAGGCUCAGUCCUGUUUUGAAGCAAAAUACCUGUACAUUGUCAAGCUUUGAAGCUGUACAUUGCAAUGGCAUUGCUAAUGACUUCAUAUCGGAAUGGAAUUUUUUAGAUUGUAUUACACAUUAAAAUGAAAUGUUGACAACCAGCUUUAAGUCCUGACAAAAGGGACUUUGAGCUACUGAAAUAUUACUCAUCAACACUGAUAAUUAGUGUGCAUAACUAUGGAUUAUUGUGACACAUGCUAGGGUACUCAUCAUUGAUUGAUUGACUACUGUUGGCUGCUGCUGGCGGCACCAGAUUGAUACCUCUGUACUGUUGAAUACUGAACUUUGAGUCAUUGUUUAGAACUAGUGAUGAAAGAAAGGCUUAAAUUUGUCCUUUAAAAAAUUAUUAGAUAAAAUCUAUUGCUUUGGUGAGGAGUCCUAGUUUUGUGGCUUCCUAGAAUGUAGGCGGUUUGUAGUUUUCAAAUUAUGAAAUGAAAUUAGGAGCUUUUUGCUUUAAAUUGACUAUUGUUCAUAGGAAAACAUAUUCCUUUUAAAAAAUUGACACUGUUUUGUUUGUAAUUUUUGUUGUUAUAAAAUUUGUGAUUGUGAAACUGAAAGCCGAUAGUCAUCUCUCUGUGAGUUUUAUUGUUUGACAACCAACAACCUAUUUAUUAAGUAAAACUAAGAUCUUUCUCACAGAUCACAGAUUUAAUUUCAAGAGGUAAAAUGCAGGAACUAGUUGAAAGAAUCAGUGAGAGCGGUUUGUAUUUUCUCUCAGUGGAGUAGAUUCAUAAAUGUAUGUGAUAUUUGCGUGCUCUUAGCUCAUAUUAAAGCUACAUUGAUAAAAUAGUUUACUAUCUCUAAAAAUAAAGGAUGCUUUGUUGUAACCAUUGUUGUCCACUUUAAGAAGUGGUAAGGACUGUGGCCUUGGAUUUUGUAUGGAAUUUUUUUACCAAUGAUUACCUGAGUCGGAAUGUACGCUGAACUGACUCUGGUGUAGUGCUUAUCCUUAAGACUUUUAGAUGCAAUGUGUUUGUUUUACUUUUUAUUACUCGCUGAGAUAAUUUAUUCUAGAUUGAAAUUAUUUCAUAAACAAAUGUACUCAUCAGUCAUUGUUUUGCUUUAUCAGGUGAUAUCAUUUUAGCAGAUCCUUUGUCUAGUCAGACCCUACACGUAUCUUUUUAAACUGUUUGAGAAAAAUUUGUAGUGUUUAGUCCUAUUGUUUUUUUGUUUUCUUUACUGUGUAGUUUCACUGUUACGUUAUGCAUGGUGUACUGUGCCUUGUUGCCGUGUUGGCUUCACAAUACUCAUGUAUGCAUGCAAAUCUCAUAUUGUACAAUAUUGUUGCAAGUUUUAUAUUCAAGCAAACGUUUUGUUCUUAAUGGAAAGUUUGUGGUGGAUACUAGGAAUGUAUAGGAAAAACCUUGAGGGUAGAAAAGACUGUAAUAAAAGACUGAAGCUGAAUGGAAGAUAGGUAAAUUGAUAAGUGGUUUGGAUUUGUAUUGAAAAGAACUGGUUUUGCUUUUCUUCCUGCAUCUUGGGCACCUUCACCCUACCUCUAACUAAGUAGUGAAACCUCGUUUCAACGAGUUCAUUGGUGCGCGGGAACGUUACGUUAUUGGCCGGAUUACGCACUUAAAAAUGUAAGUUUCGGCAAAAUUUUGAUUUGUGUCCGCAAUUGUUUUCGUUCAAAUGAGGUUUCACUGUGCAUAUUGUGUUUAUCAAAAUAGAUUACAAUUAUUUUCUACUCACAUCUGCCCAUUCUUAUACAUUAGAUUUAGGUAAUUAUAAAUUUUUUAGCUUGUUACCGUUAAUUUAUGGUGAUGUGGAUGUGAAUUCAUUAAAUAGAAUUACGUAAGCAAA